AGAAGUGGCUAAAAGAAGAUCAAUUUAUACACUAUUGCUUUGCAGGCCUACAUCGUAAUUAUCAAUGCGCACUAAUCCACACUGUUUUUACUUUAUUCUAUUUUCUUAACUUUUUUCCCUCCCUAUCGUGACCUUUUCACUAUUUCCACCUUUUUUUUUUAGGUUCCGUUAUGUCAGUUUGAAUGCAGUCUUUAACCAGUGUUUUCACAGAUGCCUUUGCAUCUGGCUCGCAGCGCAUCAAUAGUGGCCAAUGGUCUACCCACUUACGCCGUGAUGUCAUAGUGAGCCACUACUAAUAUAAAGUGGUGAGGUGUAACCUAAGCAGCAUUGCAAAAUGUUAGAUUCCCUUGCUUUACUGUUGGAGAAAACGUUCCUUCUUGCACAUUUUAACUUUUUCAGCACCACUCCGUCUAAGCAAGAAAGAUGUACAAAGCGUCGAGAGGAGAGCACUGGUUUCCAGCGCGGGGAUCUCUUGGAAGUUCCUCGUACAUUGUUCACUCAUUUUGGCAUAUAUCUCGGUGACAACAAAGUGGCCCACCUUAUACCCGAUAUACUCCCGGUGUUGACAAGCAACAAGUCUCAAAUUCAGAAAGUAGUGACGACUAAGAGAUUGCUCCUCGGUGUGAUCUACAAGUAUGCAUCCAUACGCGUCGACACGGUGGAGGAUUUUGCUUACGGGUCGGCUAUUUUCCUCAAUACAAUGGAUACUACGCUGGGAAAACAGCCGCUGGCUGGCGAGGAGGUGGCCAGAAGAGCUGAAAAACUUGUCGGCCAAAUCGCAUACAGUCUUUUAUGGAAUAACUGCGAACAUUUCGUCACAUACUGCCGUUACGGGACAGCGGUCAGCCUGCAGACAGACCAGUUCUGUGAAAGUUUAAAAUGUGUUAUCCGGGACCAGAGGAGUGUACUUCUAACCACUGUCAUCGGAAUGUUGUCCAUGUUUUUUCUUGGAAUCGCGCCGUUCACCGCACUUCCAACCUUUAUCAUUCCUUUCAUGUUGUGGAUGGCUGGAUAAGAGACGAAACACGUCUAAACCAAUGAACUAUGAGCAUUUAUGGACUAUGAACCAAAAGUUCAUAAUAUUUUCAUACUAGUUCAAAAAGUAUUUUUUCCUCCAACAAAAACUGUCUUUGAUAGUUGCGUAUUUUUACUAUUGGUAAUUUAACUGGUAAUUUUGUUGAUUCUUAUACAGUUUUAUGUAGGCUACAAUUUUACUGUAUUGUAUAUUUAUAAUUGUUAAACAUAAUGUGGACUAUUUUUUAACAAGUUAAUAAAUGUCAAUUC